GGUUUUGGCUCGGCUUCAAUGCUUAAUGCUUUAGUCAAACAACGAAAGUAGACAGAUGGUGGGUGCUGAUCAGAGUUAGAUCCUACUGAGAUCUUAGUUUGUCAUGAAGAAUCGCCUGCAGUAAAUGAAGAUGACCCUUCUAGCAACGAUGCAAUCUCGGCGCAAGACGCUAAAAAAGCGCUUGAAAUCUAAAGAUAAAACUAUCCAGCGCAUGAGAAACAGGGUUGCGUGGCUGGAGUUGCAGUUAACAUUACACUAUGCAGAGGAUCAUACUUCUGAAGACGACCGUGAAGAAAUCUUAAUUGAUGAUGACUGCCCAAAAUGUGAGAAACUGAGGAAAAUGCUGAACACACCUUUGAAACUGCCACUGCUUCCAGGGCUACAAGAUGUACACGAAAACCAGUUCGACAGACGCACCGAGUCAAACGCUGUCAUCAGUGAUAACGGAACAGUGGUAACCAUAAAUGAAGAAGAUGUUAAGCUCACUAUUCAACCAUCCCACAAUUCCCUAUCAAGUGAUCAACAGGGAAAUGUGGAAAAAGUUCCCCAUGAUGAUGAAGGUUUUUUUCGAGGAGACUUUACUGGUAAUACCUGUUGCGUUUUUGUAGUGGUAAUGGCGAUGUUGCUUGUCUCUUGGAUCUGAGGUGGGAAGACAGACUCUGGUAUUUCCUCAUCUUUUGUCACACUGUUCGUGUUUGAUUAGGGUCGGCUAGGUGAAGCCUCUGACAGUAUUUUUAUCUGAAUUACGUAUAACCUCCAAAAAGUAGGCCUAUGAAAUUAUGCAAUUUUUGCAAAAUAUUAUCUUCGUAUCUCUCCAACAGACUGAGGUUGUCUUUCAAUACCUCAUAGAAGCUUUCUUUGCCUACAAUUAUAGAGAUUUAAAUGUAUGGAGGUAUAGUAAUUUCAUACAAAUUUGGCGCAGAGCCCAAUAAACACAUAACAUGUACGUUUGGAGGAAUCCGUUGUUUGUAGCGUGAGUUCUCCAUAUUUUACUAAAAAAACACU